GGGAUGGGGGCUGCGGGCGGGUGCGGGGCGCUGCUGGGCGCCCUGCUCGGGGUGGCCCUGGCCGCCGCCGCCACCCCCGAGCCGCCGGUGCACAGCCUGGCCGAGGUGCUCUUCUGCCAGCCGGACGUGCCCUUGCUGGGGUUGGCGCUGACCUUUGACGACGAGCAGCUCUUCUGGUUCGACGCCCCCUCGUCGCGCUGGCAGCCGCGCCUGCCCGACUUCCCUGCGUGGCCCGAGGCCACCGAGCCGCCGUCGGAGCUCGUCCGCGACACCAUGCUGUGCCAGGACCUGCUCGAAUUACUCACCCUCUACGCUACUCAGCAUGUGCCGAUGCCUGAAGCCAAGGGCAUCCCGGUGGCCAACGUCUUCCUGAAGCGGCCGCUGGAGCUCGGCCGGCCCAACACGCUGGUCUGCAUGGUGGGUAACAUCUUCCCGCCCGCCGUCACCAUCGGCUGGCAGCGGGACGGCGUCCCCGUCACCGAAGGCGUCACCAACACCACCUACACCCCCGUCGAGGACCUGGGCUUCGUGCGGUUCUCCUACCUGGAGAUGACGCCCCGCGCCGGGGACAUCUACUCCUGCAUUGUCACCCGCGAGCGGGACAACACCUCCGUGCUCACCUAUUGGGUGCCGCAGGACCCCGUGCCCUCCGACGUGCUGGCCACGGCGCUGUGCGGCGCCGCCAUGGCGCUGGGCAUCCUCCUGGCGCUGGUGGGGCUGGUGCUGCUGGCAGCCACCCACCGACACCGCCACGGUUGAGAGCUCAGCGUGGGGAUGGAGCCGGCGACACGUUGCAAUUAAACCCGUUCGUUUGCA